AUGUCCUACAACGACGAUAUCGACGUAUUGAUAGCCAACGUAUCUAUAGUCCCUAAUCCAUCACUCACGCAUGCCCCGAUAGAUUCCUUGCCACUCACAACUCUCGACGACAACUUGCUGCCACUCCCUACUCUCGACGACAACUCACUUCCGCUCACUACUCUCGACAAAAAGGAAAAGAAACAGAAGAAGAAAUGGUCCCCUCAAAAAAAGAAGAAAAGCAAGAAGGUUCAACCACAGCCCAAGAAAAGAACGUGUGAUACUCGUAACAUUCCAUCUCUUCUCGCGCAAGACAUACCUCCUCCCGCCGCUUGGGGAUCUUCCGUUACUCUUCCCGCUAUUUGGCAAGAGCCGUUUUACUUCUCUCAACCCAUGCCACACUACCAUCGCCCAACUUAUAUCUCUUUCGUACAAGCUCAGGGAGGAUGCCCACACUGUUAUCCUUAUUUUUAA